AUGGCGCUCUGCAAAGUAACAGAGACCAGAACGGGGCCUCUUGGAUGCAGUAACUACGACAGCCUGGAUUCCGUCAGCUCCGUCUUAGUACACAGCCCAGAAAAUAAAAUCCACCUGAAAGGUCUACAGGAUGUGCUUCCUGAGUUUCUGCGGAAUCGUUUUGUGGAGGCGGCCCUCAGUUAUGUGGCGUGUAAUUCAGAGGGCGAGCUACUGUGCCGCAACAAUGACUGCUGGUGCCGCUGCUCUGCAAAGUUCCCCGAUUGUAACUGCCCCUUCGCAGAUAUCAAAGCCAUGGAGGAGAGUCUGCGUAAGAGCAAAGAGUCCUGGAUCAACCUCAACAAUGACUUCAUGGACUCAGAUGAGUUCAAGGCCUUUCUCAAGAAAUUGCCAGCAGAUCAUUUUUUAAACACCUCUGCUGUCUUAAAGUUCUGGACGUCAGAUCUGGUCCUGCAGAGACGUUAUGGUCUGCUGGAGGCGAGCACUAAAGUGGUGCUGGGAAAAGCCAUCAAGAUAGUGCGCAAACUCUUCGCUCUCAGCAAGCGCUGUCCUACACAGCCAAAGAUCAGCCUACCUAGAGAAAGGACUCUGGGUUUUUGGCUCAACAAAGCCCAGUCUCUGUUGUACUGCAGUGAGCAUGGUGUGUACGGCACCUUCUCUGAGGAAAUGCAGGGCUGCAUCUGCGCCGCUGAGCAGCGCACUGUCUGCCAGGGCAACGUGCCAUGUAAGGUGGGUGAGGGGACCCUCUGCUCGUCCUGCGCCCCAGACAACAUCACCCGCUGUGGCACAUGCCUCCCAGGCAGCAUCCUCCAUAUGGGAUUCUGUCGUCCCAAUAUUGCCAACUCUUUGGACCACUACGUCAACUUUGACUUUGACAUGCCGGACGCAGAAAUGCGUUACCUCCUCCAAAGGCUCGACAGCCGCAUGGAGGUCCACGCCAUCUACAUCAGCAACGACGUGCGUCUGGGCAGCUGGUUCAAUCCGGCAUGGAGAAAGCGCAUGCUGCUCACUCUCAAGAGCAACAAGAACAAGUCCAACCUCAUCCACAUGCUGAUGGGAAUUUCUUUCCAGAUCUGUUCCACCAAGAACAGCACGCUGGAACCCGUGCCUGCUAUCUAUGUCAACCCCUUCGGGGGCAGCCACUCCGAGAGCUGGUUCAUGCCCAUCAACCAGCAGGACUUCCCAGACUGGGAAAGAACUAAAUUGGAUGCCUCACUCCAGUGCUAUAACUGGACCCUCGCUCUUGGUAGCAAGUGGAAGUCCUUCUUUGAAACGGUGCACAUUUACCUGCGCAGUCGCAUAAUCACAGAUGAUCCCACCGCCAACGAGACGCUUUUUUAUGAGCCACUGGACCUGGAUGACCACUCGGCCAACCUGGGCUACAUGAAAAUCAAUAGCCUGAAGGUCUUUGGCUACAGCAUGCACUUUGAUCCAGAGGGGAUCAAGGACCUGAUCCUGCAGUUGGACUACCCGUACACGCAGGGUUCGCAGGAUGCGGCCUUCCUGAUGCUUCUGGAAAUGAGGGACCGCAUUAACCGGCUCUCUCCUCCGGGAGCCCAGCAACUGGACCUCUUCUCCUGCCUGCUGAGGCACAGACUAAAGCUUACGUCCAGCGAGGUGGUGCGCAUACGAGAAGCGCUACAGAAUUUCAACGCCAAGCUCCCCAACUCCACCGAGCCAGAACUCAGCCAGCUGUGCAGCUAGCUCAAAUGAGCCUCUGUUGCUCAUUUUUGCCUGCCUGUGAGAAUGUAUUUGUAAAUGUAAUGAGAGAGGAAGGGAAAAGAAACAUAUUGUCAGUGUGCGUGUAAAUGUUUGUGGAUGAGAUUGUCUUUGAAUCCUCUUACCUUGGGCAGCAAUUGUAAGAAGCUAAAUUUUUGAUUGUGACUGAUACAGGAGAGUACCUUAGAAGCUGUAUGUUCCAGGAAUAGUCCCUUGCUGGGAAAAGCUUGUUGGAUCUAGCCUACAGUCAAACUACUUAGUGUCUUUGAGAAAGGGUUCCUUUUGAGACAAAGGGGAUUUUAAAUAAGUGGACUGCCUCUACAUGAUUCAUGAAAAAGAACACUUUAAGUGAGAAUACACAGCUAUGAUUUCUUAACACAUAUGCGCUGAAGUUGUAGUUAUUCUUGGUGAUGUCAUUGUUGAAGACGAAUCCAGAGAAUCGAUCUAUUCCGGUGUAAAGUGUCGGAGCACAGUGGUCCAAUGGUAAUAACAAUCAGCAAAGAAUCAGAUCCGUGCUUUUCUAUUUUAUCUGGAGUCGCAAAUCCUGUAUUGUGAGAUCUGUAUAUCUGUAUUUAAUGUGGGACUGAAUUGACAGAAUGUUGAAUAGAAAUUCAUUUGUGUUCAGAGAUAUUGCUAAACCAAAAGGUAAACAUGAAAGCAAAUUGAUUUUUUUUUUUAUGUUCACUGAAAUCUCUUUUGAGAAGGCAACCUUAAGGUUGCAGUACAUAUUAACAAUAUUGUUUUGAACAGGUUUGUGGGCUGCUUUGUAAAUACUCCUCAUCUCAUUUAAGACGUGAAAAGCGCCACAUUGCUUCUUGGAUAUAUACAGAUAAACACCAACAUUUGUAAUUUUUUGAAAGUGCAAAAUUCAAAAACAAAAAAAAAAACAAAAAAAAAAACAUACAUUUCAACACAAAACAAUUGCCUUACAAAGUGAAGUCUCUGUUCUGAUAUCAAAGCACACCUGGCUGUAUGUCUCUCUCUUUAAGAAAGAAAAAAAAUUCUUUCUUUUUUCCAUUAAUAUUAAAUUCUGAGUUCAAUUACAGUGACUUCUUUUUUUUUCUAAUUGAAGUAUUAUAUGAGGAGUGCAUUACAUGUCAUCUAUGUGCAAAUACAGAGUAACAUUUGCAUCACCUGGUUCAAUAGCUUUGUUUUCCACAACAUGUCCCUGCUUUUCUAUUAGACAUAUGAUGAUGUGAAGAUGCAUAACUGUAAUACAUGAAUUAAUUUAGUAUCUCUACAUCUAGAGGCAGUUAUUUCCACUCAGCAUUUAAUAACCAUACAUGUACUGCUUAAGUGUUCUUGAUUAAGUUACUUGGGUUGUAGCAUUUGUCAGCACAAACAACCACAGAAUUACAGCCUUUGACAACACAGAGCAUUUAUCACUGCUUUUUAUAUAAAACUGGAAUGUGUGGAAAUGUCUGUGAAAAUUGCGUAUAUGCAUCAACAUAAAAAAAAUAGAUCAGUUUUCUGUCAAGAUAAGAUGGAUCGCUCAAUAUAUGGGGAGCAACUUUUACAGUGCUAC